CCCCCACAUAUACACAUACUAGGUAAGCCGGUUUUGCAGUCCACGGACCUCCCGCCACCGGGAGGCGGCGGUUCACAGGCAGCGUUGUGACUCAGAAGGUGUAACCCCCCAAAAAACAAAAAAUUGCACUCCUCGCGUGCCUUCUCCCGUUACACGGCGGGGUCUUUUUGAGGCCUCCUUAUUUUACCGUUAUCGGCCAGCAGUGUGUCUGGGUUUCUUUUAUUUCUCUCCCCUACCACUCGUCCUUUUCGCAACCCCCUUUUGAGCCUGUACUAUUAAUCAGCAGCCUAGACCACAAUGUUUGCCUCUACACGCCGCUCGCUGCUGGCUGUUGCCAGCAAAGGAAACGCAGUCCGCACGCACCGAGCAGCGAUCGUGGGCCACAGGCUGGCUGGCAAGCCACAAAGCACAAUGGCUCCUGCAAUCAAGAACGACUCUGCUCCGUCCUCGCCUCCCCAGAAGACCCUGAGCCUGGGCACGGCCCUGCCGUACGCGACCCGCACUGCCCUGCACCUUAAGGGCCUGGUGCCAUCGGCGGUCGAGAACUUUGCGGCCCAGGAGGCCCGCGCGUACGAGCAGUUCAAGGCCAAGGGCUCGCCUCUGGAGCAGUACAUUUUCCUGUCGUGGCUGCGCAACACCAACCUCGACCUGUUCUACCGCCUGGUGCUCAAGCACCUGAAGGAGGUUGCUCCGGUCAUCUACACGCCCACGGUCGGCCAGGCGUGCCAAGAGUUCUCGCACAUCUACCCGUUCCUGGCGCCGCCCUCGGCUGUCGACGGCCUGUACAUUCCGCUCAACGAGGUUGACAACAUCGACGAGAUCAUCAACAACUACAAGGAGUCGAUUCCCGAGGGCCAGCAGCCCGAGAUCACCGUCAUCACCGACGGCUCGCGCAUCCUGGGUCUGGGCGAUCUGGGCAUGAACGGCAUGGGUAUUCCUGUCGGCAAGCUGCAGCUGUACGUUGCCGCCGCCGGACUCGACCCGACCCGCUGCCUGCCCAUCGUGCUCGACUUUGGUACCGACAACCCCAAGUAUCUCGAGGACCCGCUGUACCUCGGUAUCCGCCAGAAGCGUCCCGAGGAUCCGGAGUUCUACGCGGCCACGGAGAAGGUCCUCAACGGCCUGACCCGCGCGUUCCCCGAGAUCUUCAUCCAGUUCGAGGACUUCAACACCCCGCACGCCUUUGGCCUUCUUGAGCAGUGGCGCAACAAGAUCCUGUGCUUCAACGACGACAUCCAGGGCACUGGCUCGGUCAUUCUCUCUGGCUUCAUUAACGCCAUCCGCCUCGCUGGUAUCCCCGCCCGCGAGCAGCGCAUCAUGUUUGUCGGAGCCGGUUCGGCCGGAGUCGGUGUGGCCAAGCAGCUUGUCGACUACCUUGUGAUCGAGCACAAGAUCCCGGAGGAGCAGGCCAAGGCCAUGUUCUGGUUCGUCGACUCGCGCGGUAUCAUCAACGCGAACCGCGGCGACAAGCUGGCGGACCACAAGAUCUACUUUGCCCGGCACGACAACGGCGACAGGCAGUGCAAGAACCUCGAGGAGGCCAUUGAGUACGUCAAGCCGACGGCUCUGAUCGGGCUGUCGACCAUCUACAAGGCGUUCAACGAGAAGAUCCUGAAGCGCGUCAACGAGCUGAACCAGAAGAACCGGCCGAUCAUCUUCCCGCUGUCGAACCCGCAGACCAAGGCCGAGUGCACGUUCGAGGAGGCCAUGGUUGCCACGGACAACCGCGUCUUGUUCGCCUCGGGCACCGCGUUCCCGUCGUACACUAUCCCGGGCACCGACGACACGCGCGUGCCGGGCCAGGGCAACAACAUGUAUGUGUUCCCGCCCAUCGGCCUCGGAGCCAAGCUGGCCAAGCCCACCAGCAUCACCGACUCGCUGAUCUUUGCCGUGUCGGUUGCGCUCUCCAACACCCUGACCAAGGAGGAGGUCGCCCGUGGCGAGCUGUACCCGCGCAUCGAGCGCAUCCGCGAGACCUCGGCGCAGAUCACCGCCGCCUUCAUCCACCAGGCUGUCCGCGAGGGCCUGGCCACGGACCAGUACUGGGUUGACCUGGUCGUCCUGGACGAGGUCUCCAAGCGCAUGUGGGCUCCGGCCCAGUCGGCCGAGCAGUUCACGACCAAGCUCUAA